AGAAGAAUGAUGGGUAGGUGGCUCCUCUUGGCACGCUACAUAGGCCGCCUAUUAGUAAGUGGAAUUCCACAUUAGCCGAUACGCUAUGUUAGAUAUCACGCGCCCAUCGAGGAAGCCGGGGUAUCGGCCGCUGCAACCUACAAUUUGAGCCUGGGAACCGAACCCGCCGAGUCGCAGAGUGGGGCGAGAUGAGCGUGUACGGUGGGGAUAGCUGGGCGCGGGAGGCGCAGCACAGGAAGAGGCGGGUGGACGAUCUCCUGCUCUCCUCUUCCUCUUCGUCUUCCUCGUCAUUCAAGAAGCUGUCCAGCGGCAAGUACGCCUGCCUCGUCUGCCCCCACAACCCCAUCCUCGACUCCCCUCUCAUGCUUUCCAUGCAUAACAAGGGAUCUCGCCACAUCGCUGCAGAAUCCAGGCUGAAGGAAAGAGAACUAUCAAGGAAGGAAGAAUUAAACAAGAGAAUGGCCUUAUCUGCUGAAUCUACUGGGGCCUCAAGCAUUGCUAAGUCAAGUCCAAGAUUGAAGAGCCCCGAGAUCUACAAUAAACCAUUGAUUAAACAGACACAAAAGGCUAUUUUAGAAGCACAACACAAUAAGUUUAAUGAUCUAAAUGCUGUACAUGUCAUGAAAUCUAGGCCAAAUGUUUCUUUCUAUGAUUCCAAAGUAUCUCCUUCCUGUAAGUCUGUUAUGGAGUCAUCUACAAGCACUGUCCUUGAUGGCUCUAAUUACAGUGAUAAAAAGUCUAUGGUGAGGGCUGAAACAGAUGCUAAGAUGCUUGCAGACUGGAAUGUGGAACUUCGUAAACGACGUGAGAAUGAACUCAAGUUUACUGCUGCUGGUUGGAAGCGGGAUUGCCAUGGGAAGUGGUAUCGAGAUGAAAAUGUUGAAUUUGACUCAGAUGAGGAAGAUCCAAAUGUCUGCCUGGGCUGAAGAACUGUUCGUAAUCACUGCAGCAGAAGUUUGAUGCAUGGAGUGAAAAAGCUAUAUGUGCAAGCAUUCAUCAUGUGAAAAAUUGCUCUUUUCUGUGUUAUGGAAUUGACCACAUGUAUACCAGAAGCUUGUUUCAAUUAAUACAAAAUUAACAAAUCCAUACAGCUUUGGUCCUACUUUGAUGUUGUUGAUCAACAACUGAUGCUGUAUAUGAUAAAAUAAUUUUGUUUAGGUUCUAUA